UCGAUUCGAGAGAUACGAUUUGACCUACUGAAGGUGUAAAAAGGUCGGUGGAAAUCGGUAAAAAAUAAUAAUUAGCAAAUAAUAUUCGAACGAAACUUUAAAUUGUUUUUAUUAAAAGUGACGACAAAAUACUCCAACUAAACAAACAAAGCAAUCAACUGUAGUCUAUCGUAUUUGACAAACAACAACAGCAAGUCUUGUCGGGAAAAAUGUUGAGAACAAUUGCCAGCCGUAAUGAAUGGAUUUUCCGUAGAACAGCGACUAAUGUAACGCGUUCAGCUGCCCGUGUACUUAGUUCACAAGCGGCCAGGAAUUUACCAUUAAUCAGAUCUUCUGGAAAAAUUUUAACCAAACAAACUAAACCUUUGGGAGUAUGGAAUACAAAUUUUGUACGUGCUUAUGCCGAUUAUCCCGAUCAUAUCAAAGUUGCUUUGCCAGCUUUAUCGCCAACUAUGGACCAGGGCACCAUUGUUAGUUGGGAAAAGAAGGAAGGCGACAAAUUGAAUGAAGGUGAUCUCUUGGCUGAAAUUGAGACCGACAAGGCUACCAUGGGUUUUGAAACACCUGAAGAGGGUUACUUGGCCAAAAUUGUUAUACCCGCCGGUACUAAAGACGUGCCAAUUGGUAAAUUGGUGUGUAUUAUUGUACAGGAAGAAGCUGAUGUUGCUGCUUUUAAGGACUUCAAAGACACAGCCGGUCCAGCUAAGCCAGCAGCUGCCCCAGCACCAGCUGCCGCUGCUGCUCCACCACCACCUCCAACACCAGUCGUUGUUGCUGCUCCUCCAUCACCUCCACCAGUAGCCGCAGCACCCGCACCUGUUGGCGGUAAGGGUUUAACCGCUGUGGAACAACGUGGUCCACGCGUUUACGCCAGUCCGAUGGCAAAAAAAUUGGCUGAAGCCCAACAAUUACGUUUAGAAGGACGUGGCAGUGGUGUUCAUGGUUCCAUUAAAUCCUCCGAUCUUGCAGGCAUGUCCGCAGCUGCACCAGCUGCCGCUGCAACAGUUACCGCACCCCAAGGUGGCUACAUUGACAUCCCUGUCAGCAAUGUUAGAGGUGUUAUUGCCAAGCGUUUAUUGGAAUCUAAACAACAAAUACCUCAUUACUAUGUAACCGUAGAGUGCCAAGUGGAUAAUCUCAUGAAACUCCGUGCUAAAGUUAAUAAGAAAUACGAAAAACAAGGAGUUAAAGUAUCUGUUAAUGAUUUCAUUAUCAAAGCUACUGCCAUCGCCUGUCGUAAAGUACCCGAAUCAAACUCCUAUUGGAUGGGCAAUGUUAUCAGACAAUUCGACAAUGUUGAUGUCUCUGUUGCCGUUUCAACCGAUAAAGGUUUAAUUACCCCCAUCGUUUUCAGCGCUGAUCGCAAAGGCGUUGUUGAAAUUUCCAAAAAUGUUAAGGAAUUAGCUGGUAAAGCACGUGACAACAAACUUCAACCUCAUGAAUUCCAAGGAGGCACCGUCAGCGUUUCUAAUUUGGGAAUGUUUGGAGUUACACAAUUUUGUGCUGUCAUCAAUCCACCACAGUCUUGCAUUUUAGCUGUAGGCACAACUGAAAAGAAACUCAUUGCCGAUCCCGAUAGCCUUAAAGGUUUCAAGGAAGUCAAUGUAAUGAAAGUCACCCUAUCUGCCGAUCAUAGAACUGUUGAUGGUGCCGUAGCUGCUAAAUGGUUACAACACUUCCAAGAAUUUAUUGAAGAUCCUGCUUCUAUGAUUCUUUAAGAAUCUACUUUCUCUACAUUACAUUUGAAAUUUUCAUGUCACCUUAAUAUCCUGCCAUAAGUUUACAACAAUAUAUGGUUGGCAUUCAACGAAUGAGUGGAAUAUUAUGAAAUCAUACCUACCUACUUACAUAUAUAUCUAUACAACACAUUUCUAGUAAAUUGUGCGUUAUUUUAAAAACAAAUAUUAGAAAAUUUUAAUUGGAUUUAUUACAGAAGGAUGGAUUUUUGUUUGUUAUGUUGAAGUAAAAAUUGUAUUUAUUUAACUUUUUGUUGUAAAAGAAAAACAAACACUUCAAAGGAAAAGAGAAAACACAAAAUGAUAAUUACUAUUGAAAAGAUAUUUAAUAAUAAAAGAGAAGAUGCUUCAACGAUAUUUCAAUUACAAAUUAAACAUUAUUUUAAGCUUUAGUCCCAAAUAGAAAAAUGAACAACACUAACACCAUCAAACUUUGUAAAAAAAUAAAACAAAAAUCAUUUAUUUAUAAUUUGUUGUUGCUAAUCGUAUUGCAUUCAAUUAUGAAAUAUGUACGAAUAAACAUAGAAAAAUCACUCUGUAAUAUAAAAUA